UAGGUAAUGGUUGCCGUGCAGUCGAGCGGAACUCCACUGAUAAAAAUGUGAUGUUUUCGGAGCUCAUGUUUCAAGUGGUGUGGAUUACUUGAAGACAGCGCGCGGACUACAACUAUCAGUCAUGAUCAAAGACAGGAUAUCGGCGCUGAAAGCGGCGCAGGCAGACGAAGAUGACAUGGACGGAGAUGUGGCCGUCACGAUGGAGACCCCUCCGACAUUCAUGGAGGACUUCUUUGCAGAGGUGGAAGAGAUUGGGCAAAACAUUGAAAAGAUUGAGAAGAUAGUGCUUGAAAUGAAAAAGAAGCACAGUGCAAUACUGUCAUCACCACUCCAAGACGAAAAAAUGAAGCAGGACUUGGAGGAACUGAUGGCAGACGUUAAAAGGAUUGCGAAUAAAAUGAGAGUGAAGUUGAAACUGAUGCAACAAAAUAUUGAGCAAGAGGACCAGUUGGUUGGGAACAGAUCUGCUGAGCUCAGGAUACGAAAAACACAGCAUUCAACACUUUCUCGCAAGUUUGUCGAAGUCAUGACAGAGUACAACAAGAUCCAGAAUGACUACCGUGAACGGUGUAAGGACCGCAUCAGGCGGCAAUUGGAGAUCACGGGGAAAAUGACAACAGAUGAAGAAAUUGAGGAGAUGCUGGAAAGUGGGAAUCCAGCCAUAUUCACUCAGGGAAUUGUAAUGGAGACGCAGAAGGCCAGGCAGACGCUGGCGGAAAUCGAAGCCCGCCACAACGACAUCAUAAAGCUGGAGAAGAGCAUCAGAGAGCUUCACGACAUGUUCAUGGACAUGGCCAUGCUGGUUGAAAGCCAGGGUGAAAUGGUGGACCGCAUUGAGUACCAUGUGAAGAAUGCCGCGGCCUACGUUGACACUGCCACACAGGAGACGCGACGAGCCGUUCGUUAUCAGAGUAAAGCACGCAAGAAGAAAAUAAUAAUCCUAGUCCUGAUUGUGGUCCUCGUCGUCAUCCUGGCCAUAAUCAUAUUUGUCUCGGUGCGGAGAUGAAAAGAACGGAGAGGACGACGACAUCGCUUUCUCGUACGCAACGAUCCUUGACAGAACCCAAAAUAUGCGACGCAUUUUUUUUUCCCACUUUAUUGUGCAACAUUCUGUGCUGCAGAUGGGAACGAGACAAGCCUGUCGCACAUUUUGUUAGAAAUGUUCUGUUGAUUUUUAUUUUCAGUUAUUUUCUUUAUUUAGAAUUUCAGUUAGCAACGAAGUUUUAAAAUACAGGUAUUGCUUGUGCCAGUUAUUUAACAGGCUCUAGCAAAAGCACACGCGGUUUACCUAGAGCCCUCGACUGUGAGGAUAGGCACAGGGACCAUGUAGAACUACGUACCCGUGUCUCAUUGACCAUGGACUGGUAUUUUGUAUCAGCUUGGGCCUGGAUAUUGGAUUUGUGAUGUACAUUUUGCAAUGUAAUAAGUAACACCGUAGUAUUGUGAUGCUGUGUGAGAUGUCAUCGUCUAUUUUUCUUUAUCAUUUGGUAGAAGAUUAGAGAUCCUAACUGUAGCGGAUGUGUAUUGAAAAGGAGAACGUUCAUGGCUUUGUAAGAUGCACCCCUUUAUGAUGAAUCUGAUUGAUACUACCGGCAGCACCAGAAUAGCUUAAAAGGCUGUUCAGUGCUGAACAGCCUUUGAAUCGCGACGAAGGCUUGAGACUUACAAACUGAGUCCGCCGCAAUAGUGUGGUGAUUACAGGGCUCUGCUACUAAUCCAGAGGUUACAGGUCCGAUCCAAAUUGUGACGGUGGCACUUCGAUGAAGGUGUAAUUUUAGAGGCCCAUGUAAGGUGCAGUGUCGGUGCACUUUAAAAAAGGCCAGAUAGUCAUAUAACUUUUGCGGUCUCCACGACAGCAUCCCUCAGUCAUAUUGUUGUUUUGAAACAUGAAGCCUCAGAUAUAAUUAUUAUUAUUAUUAUUUCUGAACUGGCAUUGCUUCAACAUUGCGCAUUUCACUAGAGCAAGGCUGCUAUUCAUUGUAUUCUAAGAUGUAUGCAGCCUUUCUAUAUGCAUAAUUGACUACAAUAGAUAGAACACACUCAAAGGGAUGAGUUUGUAUUUCUGAUUUUUUAGAAUACUUUUUGUUCAAUGCUUGUGUUGCCGACACCGUGAUCAUGCCCUUUUAUAAGACUCGUCUUCCUCCCUGAUUGCAAUACUGUUGUCAUCUUUAGAUGCCCUUUCAUUAAGACCAGCUAAUUUUAUUUGCAAUAACCACUUUGGGGCUAUCGUUUAGUUUUCAUUUCCUUUUCUUACUUUACAUAUUCAGCUCCAUCCUUUUUCCUAAUGGUCACUCUGAACCAUAUGAGUUGCUGGUUGUGCAACCAAUAAUAUCUCUAAAGGCCAUUCUACACUCUCAUCUUGAUAUAACGAACCCAUAUAUAAUGAAAUAUUGAAUAUAACAAGGUAACGAAAUAGUCUUGCAAUAUAGUGUUGGGAGUAUAUAUCUAUAGCAAAUUUUUGGGUGCAUAACAAACUUAUUUUUGUGUAAGAUGGAACUUCAUUAUAACGAGGUAUGAGUGUACAUGUCAUGUGUAUGCUAUACACCAGAUACAUGCAGUAGGAAGUGAAACCGAAAUAAUGCGGUGGCUCUCGAAGCUUUCGCAGUUUACCUGUAGGAGCUGCUGAAUGUUGGGCUUUUUUUUUUUUUGUUAUUGAACAGUGCUCAAUCAUACUAUUAGUGCUGAGCAAGUCUCAGAAGUUCCCUUCUCUCAGUGCCUUUGUUUAGUGCAACUUUUAUCACUAUUCAUAAACAUAGAAACGAUUAAGAUAGAAAACAUUCCCAUUGCACAAUCGAAAAAAAUAGUUACGUGGUUUCAGUAAUGGUGAAUGAAUCUAAGCAAAAACAUGGCCACAAACGCAGCUGUCGAGGAUGAUAUGGCCGCCGUUUCUGCGUAACGGGUAAGGUGGUCGACGCAUAUUAUCACCCAUCGAUUGUUGUUAGACGAGCGCAUAAAUGGGCCUAAAAUAUGAAUACCAGCUUGUUCAAAUGGUAGACGAGGUGGUGGCAGUGGUUGGAGAAGCCCCGGUGAAGAGUCGAAGGGUGCUUGUAGCAUUGACGUUGUUCGCAAGCUGCGACGUAGUGCUAAACUGUGCCUCGCAUUCUGGACCAGUAAAAGCGCUAUUGUGUUCGAGUCAGUGAUCUGGUAAACCCCAGAUGACCAGCUGUGACAUCGUCGUGCAUGGCCUUCCAGUAUGUCCAACUGUAGACUCUGUGGUAUGACCAAAAGAAAGCGUGCGCCUUUAGCCGAAUAAUUGGUCUUGUAGAGAAGGCCAUCACGGACACAAAAGCGGCCGGUGGCUAUAGGACGUGAUGCCACAACAAAUAAUGGCUCCAGACUUAUAUCAGAAUCUUGUUCUUUCUUGAAAGUAAUCGAGUCUGGGAAUGUGGAAGAAUUGGAGGCAAAACAGUCAUCAAAACUGCCUUCGUGGCACUCUGUCGUCUUCAGAGGAAGGCGGGAGAGACAGUCUGCACCUGCGUGGUGGCGUCCAGACUUGCAGGAGAUGACGAAGUCAUACUCCUGAAGUCAAAGAGCCCAACGUCAUGGAGAUUCACCAGCCAGCAUAAAGCAUGGUGGUCGGUAACGAUAGGGAACGGGUGCCCUUAAAUACAAGGUCGAAAUUUGAGUAACCCCAAAACAACUGCCAAGCAUUCUUGUUCCGUCACAGUAUAGUUGCACUCGGCCUUGUUGAGAAAUCCACAAGCAUAAGCCACUACGUGCUCAGCUCCUUGAUGACGCUGCACUAGUACGGCACCAAUGCCACUAGCAUCAGCAAACACCUCUGUCGGCAAGGAUGCAUCAAAAUGUCGCAGUAUGGGCCCCGAUGUUGGCGGAAAGCCUCAUCGCAAGCUGAAGUUCAGUUGAAAGGGACAUUCUAUUGGAGAAGACAUGUUAGGGGAUGCACAACGUCGGCAAAACAUGGAACAAAACGAUGAAAAUAUGGAAACAAACCCAAGUAGCUCCUCAAUUUCCACACCGAUUUUAGUGGUUUGAAAGAGCCGACGGCCGCAAUUUUUUGGUCGAUCUGGCCUCACGCCCUUUUUCGUUGACGAGAUGUUCAAGUACUAAGGUCUCUGUUUCACCAAAACGACAUUUCUUAGAGUUUAGGAUCAUGCUAACCUUUUCUACGCAGUCCAAAACAAGACUGAGACGUCCGUAACGCUUGUUCAGUGUGCUGCCGAAAAUCACCGCAUAACAUCUAGAUAGCACAAACAAAUUUCCCAUAUAAGUCCUCAGAAUAUCGUGUCCUGAAAUCGUUCGAACAUUGUUGGUGCAUUAUAAAGACCGAACGGCAUAACGCUAAAUUUAUAAAGGCCGUCAGGUGUCAUGAAGGCUGUUUUCUCUUUGUCGUUUGGGUGCACGGGUAUCUGCCAAUACCCUGAUCGCAAAUCCAUUUACGAAAAGUAGGCAGUGGAAUGUAGGCAGUUAAUGAUGUUGUCAAUUCUUGGAAGUGGAUUCAAAUUUUUUUUUGUGACCCCGUUUAGUUUUUUAUAGUCAACACAAAACCGCCAUGAUCCACACUUCUUCCUUACUAAGAUCACAGGUGCUGUCCACUGACUAGAUGACUCUUGGACAAUACCUUUCUAUAGCAUGUUGGUUGCCUGAUCAGCUAUCAGUGUCCUUUCUGUCGAAGACACGCAAUAAGAUUUUUACUGAAGUGGAUGUGUAGAUCCGGUGGGCAUGAGAACUGCGGUAGUGAAGUCCCCAUGUCACCUGUGUGAAAUCAGACACCCAAAGAUAAGUCAGAAGGACUUGUGUAAGAGCGUGACAUUCAUGUGAGGGCAGCGACUUGCUGAUUGAUUCCUGAGACCUGUUCUUCACAACUGCUUUAUUGGGGUUCGCUUGCUUGAGACAGCCCCUCGCCACUUAAAAUGGUGAUAGAGCUGUAAGUGACUUGGUCGAACUUAAACAAGCUUCAUAUCGUGCGGGAGUAUAGCAGGCACUGUAAGAACAACUGAAAGCCCACAAGCUUGAAGCGCCAUUCACAACCGUCACGAGAGAACGUGGCACAAGUACUUUUUUUUUCACGCAACCCUUUGCAAGUGGUUGAAUUUGCACAUCAAACGAUGAAAGGUCGGCAGCAGCAACAUUAACAGGAAGCACAUGAAAGAGACCAUGGUGCUAUAAGCAAAUUGUUCGAUACGACGAAAGUAGUUUUUCUCUGGUAAAGAUGCCUUGGCAAGAGUAGAGAGGAGCGCGCUAUUCAGUGUAAUUUUGCCUGUGCCACAGUUAACAAAAGCACCACAAUCCUGAAGAAAGUCUAUCCCGAGAAUCACAUCGGUAGUACACUGUGGUAAUAUCAGAAAUUCUGUUAUGAGAUAUUCACCACCGAAUAAAACAUUUGCAACACAAACACCAAGAGCAACAAGGCACUCUCCGCUGACAUCGCGAAACGUCACACCACCAUUUCAUGGGAACAUAACUUUCCGACCCAGCCUUUCUUUGAAUGUCACACUCUUGUUCGUAACCGUAGUGGCAGUAUCCACUAACGCAGUUGCAGGCACACCAUCAAUUAACACACACACUUUGUUCUUGUCCAUCAUAAUAGGAGCAGGAGUAGUGCACAGAGACGGAGACCGGCUGGUGACCGUACCUCCGUCAAGGGCGCCGGCUAGUUUCCAGAUGGCGAUAACGGCGUAGAAUGUGGCCCUGGUGAUGGUGAACGGCGUAGGCGACUGGAUGGUGGCGUUAGGCUGCAGUCUGAUGAUGGCGAGUCACUCCUCCUUUUGUAAUGGCGAAAGGAAUUCCUGGGUGGCAAGCGAGCCUGCAGUGCUUGCUGCACGAUGUUCUGCCAGCCAGUGAUCAUUGUUGACGCCUUCUUCAAAGUUAGGCAAAGUCAGUGGUGGCCGUAUCUAGUAUGGCCGCAACGGCGACAAAAACGAGAGAUGUGUUUUGUGGCACUAUAGCUGUAGCAGACAGGCGAAGGGCGACCGACGUUGUAGACUUCGGGAUUAGCUGCCCUGGGAUGCUGCGAGUAGUAGACACGAUCUUCCAAUUGCCAAUUCGUAGUCGUACCCCAAUAAGUGCAUUGGUGAUGCGUCACGUCAUCAGGAAAGGAACGGUGGCGCUGUUGCAGGUGAUCUACUUGACUGUCCAGUUUGUGUUCAUGAAGUUAACUAAAACACAACCAAACUUAUCAGUGUCCACGGUAUUCACUGCUUCGUUGUGUCGCUCGAGUUCUUCAGGGAUAUUUUGCCUUACAGUGGCUGCAAGGUCCAAAUGGACACUGUAGCUGUCCUCAAUGCUUGCAACCGUCGCAAGAUUCGCUAACCUGCCAAACUUUGGCAUGAUAUGCCAAAGUUCUCAAGGUCUCAAAUGUGCGGCAGUGCUUGAUCAUGUCAGCUACCGAAUCGAGACUCUCCUUGCCAAUCGAGUAGUUAUACAAGUCCUCGGCAAUACCUUUCAGUAGAUGCCCGACUUUGUCCUCUUCAAACAUUCGAGAAUUCACCAUCUUACAAAACUUCAGGAUUGCCUGUAUGUACGUAGUACAUGUCUCACCUGGCAAUUGCGCACACUGAAGCAAUGUCUGCUCGGCCCGCUUUCUUUUCGUGGUUCAAUCCCCGAAGCACUCAGAGAUUUGAGUAGCGAAGAGAUCCCAGGUUGUCAGCGGCUCUUCAAAGUUCUCGAACCACAGCAACACAGUGUCAGUGGGAAAGAAAGCGACAUACUCUAACUGAGCCGUGGGAUUCCAGCCGUUGCACUUGCUCACACGCUUGUAGUGAGGGAACCAUUUCUCUACGUCCUCGCCGGGUUUCCCUGAGAAAGGGCGUGGCUUCAUCUGACACAUCCAGGUGCCGGGUGUCCUCGCCGGAGGAGUUAAACAUGAUUGUUGGUCCCCGUGUUUCGACAUACAAGCUCCGGUAGGGCUGGAGGCAGUCGGGCAAGGCAUCGGCUUUGGCGUAGAACUAGCGGCGGUGGCUUCAUCAUCUUGGGCGAUUACCUCGCACCUCCAUUAUAAAACUGUUAUGGUUAAGCUUGAAGGAUGUUUAUUAACAGAGUGAGGAUGGUGAUCGGGCAAUGAUAGUGUUGGUAGGCGGUACCAGUUCACAUGUUCCUCCUUUUCUCCUUCGUCGGCUCAUACCCGUUGCAAUAUCUAAGAGUGUGCUUGAAGUAGUUUCAUGUUGUGCACUCCUGAAACACCCCUCUUUCUGUAAAUUUGUCGAUUGGAGUCGAUUGAUCUUCUGUUCAAGGCUCACUUGUACAGAUAAGAUUAAGAGCAUGAAAGUAGGCAGGAUUAGGUAUCAGUUUCAUGCAAGCUUUUCAAGUUUUGAAUGAAUGCUUUGCUGCUUUACAGCAUCCAAAGAAAGGCCUUAAAAAGGCAGACUCACAAUGUGAAGUUUUAUGAGGAGAGGAAGUUUUAAAGACUUUUGACCAUUUAAUGGUUUUUGAACUUUAUUUUUUCUGACAGCCAACAAUGUAUGGCUCGAGAAAAAUAAAAUGCCAUUUGGUGGCACUCAUAUCUGAUCAUUUUGUACAAGUUCAAUUGCUUGAAAACAACUAAUAGCGUUGUUUUCACAGAGGUAUUACCCACAACACUCAUCUGUCCAGACGUUCAAGCUCGAAGUCAAAUAAUCGAACUUGUUAUUCUUCGAUAUCGCCAGGAGGCAGUGUCACUAUAUCUUGUGCUAAUCAUUCGCAGAACGCGAAACUUGAGCAGUGUCUAGGAGCGCAACAGUUUUAUGCUCUGCAACACUUCGUUUUGCGCGAGCAUUUUAGCUCCCAAUCUUAAGUUAUCUCCAUCCAGAGAGAGACAUGGAAUAGCGUUUCACAUAAGACAAUUAGAUAUAAUAGGCUGUCUACCAAAUGUUGAUUGUUGCAGUGUGCACUGUUUGCACGAGAGGAGAACUAUGUGCACAGUACGCAGUCAGAAAGUAAGUUCUAGUCGGCAGUCAACAGGACAAUGAGGAAAGCCUGAUAUCAGAGAGACCAGUUUGGUCUUUGUCGGAGAAAUGGCUGCUUUCUUUGACAGUGUUUAUGUACCCUUAUUUCUCACAAGGGCAAGGAAUCUGUGCAGCUGUUGUUUCAUGUAUUAUUUAUUUAUUUACAAUGAAACCUCACGCUUGAGAUAAAGGCCCUUAUUGAAGGGGGUAUAGCAAGUGGUAGAAACAGGCUACAUACAUUUGAAGCGAAACCAUUUCGACAACACAAAGUGAGAACAACGAACUAUGAAAACUUCUAGCCCAGAAAAUUUGGGAAUGGCGACAACGAAACCUUUUCAAAGUAUCGCACGAUCAUUGUAAGAGAAAAAUAUGCCAGCGAGACGACACAGCAAGUAUAAACACACAUUGUAAAAAUCAAAGAGAAAAAAAAUUGUGUUUGCAAAAUUUGACCACGUUCGGCCACUCUUGUUCAGUGCAAAUCCCCCAUAUUCCUUUUAUCCUGCUGUCUUAAGUAAGUGCACUUUAUCGGCACUUCUAACUUGACAGUUUGCUUGUGUGGUUUUAUAAAUUAUAUAUUUAUUUCAUGUUCUAUAGCAACAACCUUCCUAUGUUAUAAACCAAAGACAAUUCAUACUGUAUAUGAGUUUGUGUCGUUGCUGAAGUAGUGAUAUUUAGACUUAUUCUUCUUUGACAGCAGUAAGCUCUGCAUUUUUCUGUGACAUGCAGUCGAACCUCAUUAAGUCGAACCCGCUUUAAAUGCACUAAUGGUUAAAAAUAUAUUCAUGGUGAAUUCUGAAUCUAGUCUCCAGUGAUCCAAAUGCGUUCUCUGAUCAGUUAAGCUGUAGCGAUUUAUCCUGUACCCAUUGGUUAGUGCAAACUGUGUUCACUUUUUGUCGCUCAUAGUUUUAACUGCAUCUCUUUGUUCGCAGUGGGUUGAACACUACAGUCAAAGGGGCCUCUUGCUUAGAGGAGGAGGAGGAGGAAAGAAGUAAGCAGAAGGACAGGGAGCUCAGCCAGUUCUUAAAACAGCUGGUUACCCUGUGCUGGGGAAGGGGGUUAGGGGGAAUAAAAGAUGAUAGAGAAGAGAUAUCGCAAAAAAAAAAAAGAAAAGACAAAAAAUAUCAAAAGAGGAAAACCAACAAAAUAAGAAGAAUACGACAUUAAAGUUCGUCUCUAAGGCUAGUCUUCCACUGAAAAUCGUAGUAAACCUUUCAAAGCCUUCUGGGCUGAGAAUGGACUCAGCCAAGGACUCAGAAUUCUUUGUGCCGACAAAGGGCGAUCGUCUAGUCGAUCAGCGCUUGAUCAGUGAUUCCAAUUACAUUGAUUGUGUCGCGAUUCUUUUAUGAAUGAGCUUAAAAAAAAAAGGUUUUAUGACAGUCUCCUACAAAUGCGCCUCGCACCUUACCUUCAACGUUAUCACGAUGAGCAUUCUCGGGUUUCUGCACGGCAGCAAACAUGCGGUGUAUUCUUACAAAGAUAUUGUGCACUCUCAAUUCUACUCUGCACCACCGUUCGCUGCCGCCCGCUUAUACUAGAUUGCCAAUGCACUGUUGAAGGUUUGGAGAAAGCUUAGCUUGCAGAAAUAAAAGCAGCUUGCUGCAUUCAUCCAACUAUAUAUAGUUGGGAGUAGAGCGGGUUCGGAUAAGAACACUCCGAAAGCCAGUGCCCGAUCAGCAACGGCAUUAACUUAGCAGUUGACAUGCUGCACGGAACUAGCUCGAGAAGUGUGGCUGUAUGCAGCUCCGAGUAUCGCAUUUCAGUGACAUGGCACCAGUUUUUUACUCUGCCGCAAUGCUGUUGGCUGGUGUGCGUGUUCCCCCUUAUAGUUUGGAAAUGUUCCUUGACAUUUACACUGCUCAAUUUUGCUCAGUAGUGCAAAAGAGCGAGAAUAUUUUUCGACCUUUGGUGUUAAAAAAAAUUAAAAAAGGCCUCGUAUGGUGUACUUCAAGCACUAUUUACUGUGGCAUGGUAUUUAUUUUUUAUAGAUAGCUGCAAUGCAUGUAAAGAUGCUAAACUGUACUGAGCAGUUACCACAUACUAUUGUUUAGGGUUUAGUCAAACCAUCUUCCCAUUAGAUACGUAUGAACGAGGUUUCAGCUGUCUAGACCACACCUGCAUUUUUUUUUUCCUGUGUUCAUUGCAGUAUUAAAACGACAUGCAUGUUUAUUUACAACUGGAACUAGUGACGGCACAUCUAUCCCUACACGUUGAUGUUCCUUUAUUCAGCAAUGUUGUACAGAGCUAGUGUGGUAGAUGUUUACUGAAGCUACAAACGCACGCGUAGUUGUGAUUUCUAGUCGGUGGUUCUUCGCUUCCUUGUUAAAACUUUUGUUUAGUCAUUUUAGUGUUUCUGUAUUUUGCAUGUUUGUGUGGAUAACGUCUGUACACACAUUUGCAUGUUAAAACAGUGGGUGUUUCAAGAAAUGCAUUGUAAGUUCCUUCAAAAUUGGGAAGAUGAGAUAAUUAAGUUACUUGGUCUCGAUUGGCUUCACCACGAAGGCGUGCAUUUGGAAAUCGGUGGUCGUCUCAUCUUCGCAAGUUUUAAGGAAUUCCGAGGGCAUUUUGUGGAACUUCCGCAAUUUGUUAAUGACCACAGCGAGGUAGAUGUUGUCAUAUAUUUAUGAGAUUAAUUUGAGAAGAAAGAGACAUUUAUGUAAGUGACGCUUACUAUUGUGUUUCUUCUAACCACUUUUUUUAUGGCGGUUAGUAGUUUGGAAAAUGGGGGGGGGGGGUGUCAAAUUUUAAACUUUGUACCGGUCUGUGCCAAAAACAUUGGUUAUGCUAUCCAUGCCAACUGUAAACUAGCACAUGUUGCCAGAGCUGACAAGCUUCAUCUCUGCAGAAGGACAAAAUUAUGUAAUACCGCAAGGGCUCAAAGUUGUUGAAUGUAAUGAAAAGGUUGCGUGUUGCAGAACACGAAAAGACUGGAAUGUCAUUUGCGGCAAGUCUAGUACGGAAUAGUGUGUGUCUUUCAAAUCAGCUUUGGCUUGUACUGUUCCUUUUCUUGUGUUCCUCAGUGAUAAAAGUUUGAGGGCAAGUAAGGAAAAGGACAGAAAUACUUUUAUCCUGCUAUGAAUUAGUAGGCUGCCUUGAGCAAUCUGUGUAUGAGCAAUAGUUUUAAUGUUGUGCAAAUAUAUAGAUGUAUAUAUGUUUUAUGAAUGCCUUUCGUUUGCCAACGUGUAUACUAUGCCUCUAUUUUAUGGAGCCUUUAUUUUUAUAGUGUGAGACUGUCUGUGCCUACAUUGAUGGGGGUUGUUACAUCAUCAAUUCAGCAUGAGACAAAAAGAGAAUUCACGGUAAAGCUCCCCCACUCUCUCUUUUCCGUUUGUUUUUCCUCUGAUUUAGCUAACUUCAGUCAUUUAUAUUAUGAUCGUAUAUGUAGAAGGAAGCUUAGCUAUAAGGCAGAGUGUGAGUGUGUUUCAAUAACUUAUUGUCUACAAAGACUUAGCUAAUGAGAGAAUGCCAUGUUUUUCAGUCUGCAUCAUGUUUUUUAAAUACGGCGGCACGUGUGUUUGCCUAAACACGGUAUAGUCAAGCACUGAUAUGCACUAUUCAAGAAUAGAAGCCCAAGGGCUCAGGGUCUACUUUUAAGGUUACAUUGGCUUUGAUAUAAGCAUAGCAUCAGAAACUUAUCAUUUUCUGCUUUGUCACCUUUUCUUUACUAUGAGCUAGUCCUGUUCCUUGCUGACCACUGAUGUCUGAAUGAUGUUUUAUGCCCCUGUCACACGUGCAACUUAAGUGCACUUCGAGUGAGUACACUUAGCCGCAAGUGUCAUUUGCCCGCUGUCACACGAGCAAGUUUAGUGUCCACUCACUGCAAAGUACAGUUGAUGGCAAGUGCAUUGCCCAACCUUACUUCGCUGCGACCAAGUGUGUAGCCUCGGUACCAGUGGCUUGCACAGAAAUACGCUGUUGCCUAAAGCGACGCUCAUACUAUUUUUCAACUAUUGUUUUCAUUAUAAGAGAUUUUACUAUGUACUAGCACAAGCCAUAAAUCAACAAACAUUCUCGCUACUCUCACUCUCGUGCACUUUGCGGCCAUGUCCACUACAGGGAUGCAGCGCACAUGCUCUGCAAUGGCCGCGUCCGUCGCGUUGUUUACUUCUAGGUACACUUGCACAUGUAUAGGCGAGUCAUUCUAGUCGUUUACGAUGGCGUAUGCCACUGGUGCUACUUCCACGAAGACAACGUGGUCCGACGAUGAGACACGGGCGCAAAAGUAACAAAUAUAUAUUGCGCUGUAAACCCUUGCAAUUGCCACUGUCACUAUUUACAAAGUACACUUCGCUUUCUCAAGUAGCAGCGAACCGCCAAAAUGACACUUUGUGGGCGUAAGUACACUAGCUCAAAGUGCACUUAAGUUGCCACGUGUGACAGGGAUAUUAGUGAAUUAUAAAAGCCAUGUGCCACUGGCAAGGUACAUCUUGAUAGUAAACUACUCUUUUUAUUUUAUCGAAUUUUUACUUCUUGGCUCUUUGUUGCGUAAUGUCAGCCAUGAUGACAGUGGCAUUUCAAGUACAGUGCAAAAAGGGUUAGGAUAACAUUUUUGUCUGACAAUUCCUUUACAACUCUGUCAGCAAUACUUGUGCACAUAAAGUAAUGCACAUUGUUUUGUUCUGCAUCUAUGCAGCGUGAAGAUGCAGAGACUGUUGUACCACUUCCUCUGUUUUUGUAUCACGUGCCAAACAGCGGCUUCGGGGUCUUUUCAUUGUCCUUCACUUUCACACAUCUUGUUGCAAUGAAACCUUUGUAAAGGAAUCAAUGGCACUGCAUAUGACAAGAUUAUUAACCUCGAAAUUUCAUUGGCUUGUACAUACUCUGUAAGCUAGUGAAUAAUUUAUUUGCAGUAACUGCAUUGCUCGUGUGUGCUUAAAAUUUCUUUUUUGUAAAAUAUAGGAAUGAGCUAUUAGUGGUCACCGAAGUCUUCUGUGGCGAUGGCGAUCUAUUUUACGUGCUCACCUGCACGUUAUUUGAGCCGUCGGUAUAUGGCCAUAUCGACAUUACUUUUUUGUAGUAGUGAUGAUUUGAAAUAUCGAAUGUUGCAUGAAAAGGCUUGCUGCAUGAAAAAUAAAUCUUGCAUAAAAAAGAAAGACAAGUAUAGAUGACUCUUUCAUAUAAACUGCUCAUUCACUCGCGCCUAAAAUUGAUACAUGCAUAGCUCUUUCCAGUACAUUUGCUGGAGCUGCAUUUUGUUAUGGGCAAUACUACUCUCUUUAUACAGAAUAAAUCUUGUGCAGUGUAAAACAACGGCAUGCAUUCAUUGCGACAGUGACAACCAAGAACGUAAACAAGAAAAUUAAAAAUCAUAACGCUGCCACUUGUUUUACACAAUGGGUACCUUGCAGAAAGGAGAUGAGAUGAUGGUCAUGUAGUGAUCAUGUCAGCUCAUACGUUUUGGCAUGAGCGAUUCCAGUUUAGUAGCAUCACAACUUCCUUUGGUUGUUUUCUAUGUGACAUAGUGGUACAUGGGCAUGCAUAAAAUGUUCAUAACACUUCUACAUGAAUACUCUAUUGAACUAACAAUGCCACAAGUGCCUUGAAAGUAUUUUAAGCCUUACCAUUAUCCUACCUCUCUUCAACAGCAUUGAUCUGACUUUAAAAGCGAAAUCAUCAGCAUCAGGAGGUUUUAAAAUUGUCCAAGUAAAGGAUUGUGCAAAUGAAUAAAAAGGUCAAUGAAAGGUUUGAAAGUUGCUGUUCACAUAACCGCACGCUGUGAAGGCUCCGCCUAUAGUGUUAUGAGCCAGUUUCCUUGCUGGCGCUAUGGUUGCAGCCACUUUCAUUCAAGAAGUUUUCUAUUUUGCAUCAACCUAAACUGGAGCACAUCAGAUGCUGAGGGUAUCUAUCCUGUUUUGCGACAAUUUUAACCCCUUUGCAUGUUUGUAGAGAUGAGAAGUUGUUGGGCCCAAAAUUUUACUGGAGCUGAUGUUCUGACAAGACCUGUAUACUUUUGGAAGCAAAAUAAAUGCAAACAGAAUGAUUUCAACACACAUAGAGCGUCAAAGUAUUGUGAUCACAGGGGCUUUAAUAGGGUACUGACACGAAAUUUUGCGAUCAAGAAAGCCUGCAGGAUUGAUUCCCAUGAACAUGCAUAUACCAUCUGCAAAAUAGAAACAGUGAAUAUAGCUUGGAAGGUAUUUUAAAUUAAUUUGAAGUUUGCAUGAUUUAUCGACUCCCUCGCGCUAUUGACACGCUUGAAGGGGACCCAUGGUGACGCCCCUACUUCCCUCAUGUGACCACACAGCAACAAGUCAUGAUGAUGUCAUAGCAGCCAUUUUUCUUUUGGUGCGGUUGCAUCAGCAGACUAUUACCCAGCAGCUGCUUGCGAGUCCAUGGCUGCACUGCACGCGUUGAUUUUAUUGUGCUUGGGGACACUGCUAUCCCAUUGCCUGUUCCAAAAGACUUCUUGAUGCCGACCGUGCGGAAGUACGCCACAGUUCUGUGUGCUGACGUGGUUGAAAGUUGCACGCACUAGUUAAUGAUAGUCGCAAUUGACAGCUUGACAAUUUUGGAGCUCUAUAGAACCGAAACUGAGUCUGGUCGGUAAUGAGGAGCCUAUAAUUUAUCUGUCGCACACUGUAGCAAACGAUGUGCCGUGCUAUGACUAACAGGGCUCCAGCAACACAUUGCUAAAAAAAAACACGAGGCAAGGGCAAAACUUUUGUGUGAGAACCUCUUUAAAUUAUUUUGUGUAGUUGUUUCUGGCGUGCUGUUUAAAAAGCAAACAAUACUGCUUAUUCAGCCUUUCAUUACCAUUUAUUCAAGCUGCUGUCAUGAUUUGAUUGCCCUGUAUGUAUUUUUAAUGUCUCUGGUAGUGCAUGUUACUGGCAUUGUGCAAUAUCAUUGCGUUCUUCUCAAGUUGUUCAUCUUAAUAAAGCGCAUUGUGUGAUAGGUGUGCUUGUAUGUAAGAGUGAUGUGCAGCUGAGCUGUUACAUGAGUACAGUCACAUCAUUUACUGGAGGGUAAGAAUUUCUUAAUUUGUUUACUUCGUAAAUUGGUGUACAUGAGAUAAUACUUUUGCCACGAGGCUAAUAAUAAGCAUGCACUGUAGAUUUUGUGUCUUGAAAUAAAUGUUUGUGUUUCAGUAGUUUCAA